AUAAAUUUGUAUAAAUGUAAUUUAAUAUUUGAUUAGUGUCAGUCUGUGUUUGAUGAAAAUUAGUGUAAAAUGGGUGAUGUUAAUAGUGAAUUUUCGGCUGGUCCUUUGGACUACUAUCGCAAGCAAGCGUCAUUUGAUUGGAGGAAAAUGAAAGAAUUUAUUUACUCAAAGGAAGAACUCAACUUUUUGAAAAAUGCUCAUAAUAAAAUUAAACAGUACCCUGAAUUUUUACCGCCCACUACGGCACUGUCUUUUGACGAGGAACGAUACAGAACUUAUAGACAAUCGGCCAUAGCUAGAGGCCAUCCAGGUGUGUUAUUCGAUGAAGAUUUCUUCAUGUAUUAUGAUUUUGCUCCAUCGACACAAACUAGACUUGCAAUGACUCUGACUGUCUUUAAUGGAAUAUUAGGAGCUUUUGGAGACGAAGAUCUACAGGAAAUUCGAAAGCAGUCAGAACAGGGCAAAAUUAGUGGUUGUUUUAUUCUCACUGAAAUCGGGCAUGGCACUAACGUCAAAGGUAUCAGAACUAGAGCAACAUACGACAAGGAAUCAGAUGAAUUCAUCAUACACACUCCAGAUUUUGAAGCCGCCAAAGCUUGGGGAGGCGGUCUUGGAAAUGCUGCAACACAUGCUUUGUUCUUUGCACAGCUUUAUGUGGACGGAAAAAACCACGGGCCUCAUAUAUUCCUGGCUCCUAUCAGACAUCCAGAUACCUUGUUACCAUAUCCCGGUGUUACCGUAGGAGAUAUGGGUGAAAAAAUUGGUUUAAAUGGAGUUGACAACGGAUUUCUAAUUUUCAACAACUACCGAGUGCCAAGAAAGUACCUGGUAAACAAGACUGGUGGUGUUACAAGUCAAGGUACUUACUCCACACCCUUUGAAAGUCCUAGUCAGCGAUUUGCAGCUUCCUUAUUGGCUCUUUCUGGAGCUAGAGUGGGGGUUAUAAUCAGUUCGGAAACGUUGGGAGGACAUGCUGUGACCAUAGCCGUAAGGUAUUCUGGAGUGAGGAGGCAAUUUGGACCUCAAGACGAAGAAAUUCCAAUUUUGGAAUACCAAACUCAGCAAUACCGACUUUUACCAUACCUGGCUUCAGUAUACGUUUUCAAAGUAUUUUCGAGGUAUCUUAAAGGAAUCUUUAACGAACAUGUAAGAAUAAUAAAACAAGGAGAUAUCCAUGAUUAUAUCAGUAUGCUGGGAAUAGAAAUCCACGUGAUAACAUCGGCUGCAAAGCCUUUAUACACCUGGAUCAUGAGAGAUGCUAUACAAUCAAGCAGAGAAGCAUGUGGUGGUCAUGGAUAUUUGAAAGCUGCUGGCAUUGGAAACCUUAGAAACGACCAAGACGCAGCGUUAACCUACGAAGGAGAAAACUGGGUGCUGAAUCAGCAAACGAGCAACUUCCUCUUGAAAAUAUGGCCAAGUAUUCUUGAAGGAACUACCUUAGCAUUUCCUGUUAAUUCUGGGGAUUACUUGAAUGAUGCUAUAAACAUUCUUAAUACGUUUAAGUUUUCUGCAAAUAACUUUGAAGAACUGUACAGACUUGAUGUUAUUUUGGAUACUUUCAAAUGGUUGGUAUGCUAUUUGUUAAAACGGACAUACGACAAACGACAGGAGCUUUUACAAAAUGGAGCCAACAAAUUUGAUGCGGGAAAUAAUAUUCAAGUUUUCUAUGCAAAAAGACUCAGUACCGCAUAUAUCCAGCACUUUAUAUUGAAGAAAUUCGAAGAAAAGAUCCUCAGCUGCCUAGAUACCUCGCUCAAGACUGUGCUGGAAAGGAUACUUUUACUCUACGGUUUAUUUAGUCUGGACAAAUAUCUCGACGUGCUCUAUCAGGGCGGAUUUAUAGCUGGAGAUCGGCCCGCAUCUCUCAUCCAGGACGGGAUUACCGAAAUGUGUUCCAGAUUGAAAAACGACGCUGUUUCGUUGGUGGACGCCAUUGCGGCGCCUGAUUUCGUGUUGAAUUCCGUGAUAGGGUCAUCUGACGGACAGGUGUAUCAUCAUUUAGAAAAUGCCUUAUUUUCAUCCCCGUAUGGAACAGAAAGGCCAACAUGGUGGAAAGAUAUAGUCAACUGGCAAAAUAUAGCCUCUACCCCUCCAAACUCUAAAUUAUAAUUACCAAAUUUCUUGUACAAAAAAAUAGUAUUAAAUAAUAUAUUUUUAUAC